AUGGCUCCAGUCGCAAAGGGCAGAACUUCCCGCCGCUCUGCUCCCCGCCGGAGUUACGCCGUUGAAGAUACAUCUGAAUCAGAGGACCCAGGAAAUGUCACACCAACACCCGAUGCGCACGAUGACGAUGAGGAGGCCGAGGAGGAUUACACCCCAGUGCCCAAGAAAGCAAAAAGAGCCUCGAGCAAAAGAUUAACGUUGGACCCGGUUACACCCUCCACUGUGCGCCGAGCCAGCAAAGCCCAAGAAGCGACAACAGAUGAUUCCGAUGCGAUGGAUACUGAUGCGACGGACCCCGACGCGAUGGAUAUCGACGAAAAUGAUGACAAUGAGGAUGAAGAAGACGUUAGUAUCGCAUCAAUUGAAGCCGAUCCAGACUCCCCAUCUGGUAAAGCGGCAUUGAAAAGAAAAAGUAUGGCUCGUCCCCGCAAGAGCUGUGGCUCGAUCACACCCAAGCCAGCACAGGGCUCACUCCCAACUCCAGAGCCUUCCCAAUCCCCAGAGCCUCAACCAAGAGCCCACCGCACGAGUGUCCCACCAUUGUCCGAAAUAACCGAAUCCGCCGUGAACCAGUCGCCCUCGAAACCAGCGGAAGAGUCCAAAUCGCAGAUUCCCAUCAUCAACCCGAACUCGACAGUCCUGGAGAGGCCCAUGGAUAUUGUGGCCAAGUCCAGGACGCAAGCACCUCAAGCGCCAGAGGAGGAUGCGGCGCCCAAGCCCCGGAUGAUCAUUGAGAAUCUUAUUCUGACAAAUUUCAAGAGUUACGCUGGCCAGCAAAUUGUUGGCCCAUUCCACGCCUCUUUUUCUUCCGUCGUUGGGCCCAAUGGCUCCGGCAAAUCUAACGUCAUUGAUUCUCUCCUAUUCGUCUUCGGCUUCCGCGCCAGUAAGAUGCGACAGGGCAAGAUCUCCGCGUUGAUCCAUAACUCUGCCCAAUAUCCCAACCUUGCAUUCUGUGAAGUCGAGGUUCAUUUCUCACAAGUCCUCGAUCUGCCCGACGGUGGCCAGGAGGUGGUCCCAGAUUCCCAACUAAUUAUCUCACGCCGAGCGUUCAAAAAUAAUACCAGCAAAUACUACAUGAACAAGAAAGAGACCAAUUUUACCUUCGUGACCAACUUCCUUCGAGAUCGCGGGAUCGACUUGGAUCACAAGCGAUUUCUGAUUUUACAGGGUGAAGUCGAGUCCAUCGCCCAGAUGAAGCCCAAAGCCGCCAACGAACACGAUGAAGGUCUGUUGGAAUAUUUGGAAGACAUUAUCGGAACCUCCAAGUAUAAGACGCCUAUCGAUGAAGCGGCAACCGAGCUCGAAACUCUCAACGAUGUAUGUGUGGAGAAGAACAAUCGUGUCCAACACGUGGAGAAAGAAAAGACGGCGUUGGUUGAUAAGAAGGAUAAAGCUCUGGCUUACAUCCGCGAGGAGAAUGAACUGGCCCAGAAACAAUCAGCCCUCUAUCAGAUAUACAUUGAUGAGUGUGCUGACAAUGUUCGUGUCACGGAGGAGGCCAUUCUUCAAAUGCAGGAAUUGCUUAACAUGGAACUCGAGAAACACGAAGGCAAUGAAUCCGGCAUCAAAGAACUCGAGAAGGCGUACAAAAAGGGAGUUCGUCAUUACGAGUCGAUUGAGAACGACACCCAAGGCUUGCUCAAGGAAAUGGCCAAAUACGAUAAGGAGUCUGUCAAAUUCGAGGAAAAAAAGAAAUUCCUGGUCGGCAAACAGAAGAAACUUGAGAAAGCCAUGCAAACCAGUCGCCUUGCUGCCUCUGAAUGCCAAAGCUUGGCCGAGAAGUUUACCUACGACAUCGAGAAGAAGACUGCAGAGACCACUCAAUUUGAGAAAGAAAUGGUGACAGAAGAAAAGGAACUGAACUCGAUUCGUGAGGGCCUCAAGGGCAAAACACAAGGCUUGUCUGAUCAGAUUGCCGCCAAGCAAAAGUCACUGGAACCAUGGAACGAGAAGAUCAACCAGAAGCAAUCUGCUGUCGCUGUCGCUCAGAGUGAGCUGGAUAUCUUGCGUGAGCGUGCUAAUGCUGGCGCUGUUCUGCUCGAGGAGGCACAGGAAAAGAUUCUCACAAUCGAAGAAAGCCUGCAAACCAAGGAAAAUGAUCUUGAGGAGCGACAAGCCCAAAAAGAGACCUUGGAGUCUGAAGUGGAGAAACUCAAACAUGAUCUUAAGAAGUACGCUGGGCGUGAACCUGAGGUCCGUUCGCAUGUAUCAAGCGCUCGCCAAAAGGCCGAAGAGGCACGGGUCAGCCUUGCAAGCACACAAAAUCGCGGAAGUGUCUUGACUGGGUUGAUGCGUCUCAAAGAAUCUGGACGUAUCGAUGGUUUCCAUGGCCGACUUGGCAACUUGGGCACAAUUGACGAAAAGUAUGAUGUGGCAAUCUCUACCGCUUGUCCUGCUCUCGACAAUAUGGUAGUGGAAACCGUAGAAGUUGGUCAGCAAUGUAUCGACUAUCUGCGCAAGAACAACCUUGGUCGAGCGAACUUCAUCCUUCUUGACCGUCUACCACGCCGCGACAUGGCAACAAUCUACACACCCGAAAGUGUUCCUCGCUUGUUUGACCUUGUCAAGCCAAAGGACCCAAAGUUUGCCCCGGCUUUCUACAGCGUGAUGCAAAACACAUUGGUUGCCAGGGAUUUGGAGCAAGCGAAUCGUAUCGCCUAUGGCGCUCGACGCUGGCGAGUGGUGACGGAAGACGGCCAAUUGAUCGAUGUAUCAGGAACCAUGAGUGGUGGUGGUACCCGUGUUGCUCGAGGCGGUAUGUCAUCAAAGCAAGUUGCAGAUACCACAAAAGAGCAGGUGUCUCGCCUGGCAUCAGAUCUCGAGGAUUUGGAGAGAAAAUUCCAGGCUUUCCAAGACAAACAGCGACACGUUGAGGCUCAGAUGAAGGAAAGAUCGGAAGAAAUCCCACGUGUCGAGACUAAGAUCCAAAAGAUCCUCAUCGAGAUCGACAGUACCAAGCGCAGCCUUGCUGAUGCGCAGCGACGCGUGAAGGAACUGAGCGCACAGCAUAAGCCAUCUGAUUCCGAUGAAGUUCAGGUUGCUGCGCUCGAGAAACAGAUCGCUAAAGCUCAGAAGGAGAUCGCGAAACUCAACGAUGAGAAGAGCGGUAUCGAGGAAGAGAUCCAGACCUUGCAGAAUAAGAUCAUGGAAGUCGGUGGUGUUAAGCUUCGUGGCCAAAAGGCCAAGGUAGAUGGCUUAAAAGAGCAGAUUGGCAUGCUUGCCGAGGAAAUCUCAAAUGCUGAGGGUCAGCUCUCCAAGAACGAGAAACUGAUCAAGAAGCACUCCAAAGCGCGCGACGUUUCGGAAAAGGAGAUCGAGCAAAUCAUGGAUGAAUUGGAGAAAUUGGAAGAAGACGUUGCCAAUCAAGCCAAUGAAUCUUCAGACUGGAGACAAAAGGCCGACGAAGCCCAAGAGGCACUGGAAACCAAAAAGGGCGAACUCAAGGCCUUGAAGGACGAGCUUGAUGCCAAGGUCGCCGAGCUUAAUGAGACACGAGCCACUGAGAUCGAGAUGCGUAACAAACUGGACGAGAACCAAAAGGCCUUGACUGAAAACCAGAAACGCAGUCGUUAUUGGGAGGAAAAGCUUUCGAGCAUAAACCUCCAGAACAUCAGCGAUAUUGGCGAAGAGCAGGAGCCUACGGAGCUUCAGAUGUACACCAAGGAUGAGCUAGAGGCCAUGAACAAGGAAUCUCUGAAAGCCGUCAUUGCUGCUCUGGAGGAGAAGGUCCAAAAUGCCUCUGUCGAUUUGUCGGUCAUUGAAGAGUACCGCCGUCGUGCUGCCGAGCACGAAUCGCGCUCGGCAGAUCUGACCACUGCUUUGACAGCACGAGACGGUGCCAAGGCACGCUUGGAUGGACUUCGUUCCUCUCGGUUGAACGGGUUCAUGGAAGGAUUUGGUAUCAUCUCUUUGCGCCUGAAAGAAAUGUACCAGAUGAUUACCAUGGGCGGUAAUGCCGAGUUAGAGCUGGUGGAUUCCCUCGAUCCCUUCUCGGAAGGCAUCUUGUUCUCAGUAAUGCCCCCCAAGAAGAGUUGGAAAAACAUUGGCAAUCUGUCCGGUGGAGAAAAGACCUUGUCUAGUUUGGCGCUGGUCUUCGCCCUGCACCACUACAAGCCUACUCCGCUCUACGUCAUGGACGAGAUCGAUGCUGCCCUGGAUUUCCGAAAUGUUUCUAUCGUCGCCUCGUAUAUCAAGGAGCGAACCAAGAAUGCCCAGUUUAUUGUCAUUUCACUGAGAAACAACAUGUUCGAGCUUGCUGCCCGACUUGUUGGUGUUUAUAAGGUCAAUCACAUGACGAAGAGUGUAACAAUCGAGAACCGGGAUUAUAUCACGGGUCGCUAA